GCCCACGACGCCGGCAUGGUUCGCUUCAAGAACAGGUACGUGCUGUGCGAGGUGGUCUCGGAGGACCCGCGGUGCCGGCAGUGCAUCGAGGACCGGGCGGUGGGCCUCGCCGUGAGGGACGCCAUCGCGCGGGCGCACGGCGACUACGGCCUGGCCUGCUGCUCCGUCUCCUUCACAGUGAAGUACCUCAACGCCUACACCGGGACGGUUCUGCUGCGCUGCCGCAAGGACUUCUACCGGCUGCUCUGCUCCGCGCUCCCGCUCGUGAGGCACCUGGAGGGCAGGAACCAGCGCUACCCCUGCUGCUUCCACACGCUGCACGUCGGAGGUACUAUAAGAACAUGUCAGAAAUUUCUAAUUCAGUAUAAUAGAAGGCAGCUGCUGACACUGUUGCAAAACUGCACAAAUGAAGGGGAAAGACAGGCCAUACGGCAGUCAGUACUGAGCUGUUCUCUUACAGAAGAGCAGUCCCAAAGUGGAGAUGAGGAAGAAGAUGAUGACGACACAGAGACAGACUAAAUACGAGUUAUUACUGUUCACCUGUCAUGGACUUGUGCAGUCAAGAUGUUAGAAAUUAUCAUCUUUGUGCUAAGCGAAAUAUAAGGACAGAUGCUCUUCUU